AUGGUCUGUUGGCUCGACUCCUCGGGCCUAGCUCCGCCCCUCCUUCAAGAUGAAACUCGAUAUUCUGACGGAGCAACAUCAUGUCAUGUUAUCGACAUCAUAUGUGAUCAUUCCAGCAGCGCUGGUGUCUCCAGACACAGAACCAGCGUUUCUAUCAGGCUAGAUAUAGUGUCUUCACGAACAGCUAGCAACGGCUACCUAUCAUCUGGCUGGGUUAAUGUGCUGCAGACCUUCGUAAAGGACUGCGCUUCCUCUUCGACCCUACUCAGUGCUGCUGAUAAUGAUGAUGAUGAUGAUGAUGAUGGUGCCUCGCUGUCAACCAAAGGCUGGCGCUGUCUUGUGGAUGGCUUGUUUCCUGCCUCUGCCUGUCAGCCUUAUUGCACCCAGUCGCCCGGGAGAAAAGCAAGAGAAAAGCAAAAAGAGCAGUUCAGCUUGACCAACCCAUCAUCACACCAGCCAAAACCUACACCGUUUUGCUUGUCUCUAGCAUGA